AUGGUCAAUCAUAAACACCCGAAAUUCGCGCACCCUUGCCACGGUAUGCCAAAAUUACCAAAACUUUUAAAAAUACUCAUAAAACUGCUCCUAUGGCCGGUACACAUUUUCAUAUUCUUCACGUUUGUUCUGUACAGCACACUCCUCAUGCCGCUCUACUUCAUGAACUAUAAAUGGUGCGUAAAACUAACAACGGUCUAUUCCUUUAUAAUAUGGCACUUGUACAGAUUACCGCUGUAUCUCACAGCACAGGUGAAGAUAAGAGGCGAUGUUGCUGGCAUCAAGGAUGGCGAGAACGUGCUGGUGAUAAGCAAUCACAUCGGUGCCAUAGAUUUUCUGAUGUAUCACGAGAUUGCAAACAUGAAGGGGAUGAUACCGCACUGCAAGUACAUACUAAAGCGAUCGCUGGGGUAUAUUCCGGUGCUUGGGCCGAGCUUGCACUAUCUGUGCUUCUGUUUUGUGGACAGGUGCGCUCAAAAAGACGUGCAGAGCAUCAAAAAAUACGUUGAUUACGUGCACAGCAACGAUAUCAAGCAUUGGUUGAUGUUAUAUCCUGAAGGUACGCGGUUCACACCCAGAAAGAAAAAAAUGGCUGACGAGUACUGCCAGCAGAGGGGCAUACCGCCGUUCAAAAACGUGCUAUGUCCGCGCACCAAGGGAUUUAAAGUGUUCUAUGAGAACGCCAGACAUGUGUACAAAAACAUUGUGGAUAUAACGGUUGAUUACAGGGGUGCAAGUGGCGAGAGAACGGUGAGCAAGCUGUACAAGUUUUUUACGGUUGAGGUUGAUGGCACGUUCCUUGUGGAUGUUAGAGUGGUGCCGAUGGAGGAUGUUCGGGAUAGCGAGGAGUUUAUGAUUGAGUGCUUUAGGAGAAAGGAUAGGAUAUUGAGCGAGUGGAGUGAGAAGGAUUGCUAUGAGGAGUAGAGAAGGGGGUUGGCUUAUCUGUGGAGCGGAGUAAGAAGGAUUUUGACCGAAAAAUUAACAUAGGAAAAAGUGUGAGGAGAUGGCGGAGUGAUGGAGGAUGAGAAAUGAAACGGCGUGGUACCGGUUGUGACAAAUAAUCCGGUGCAAGGCAUUGAAAGAGAAACGAAGACUUUUCAAAAAAGAUAAAUUAUCGGAUAUUUGUAGAAUGGAUGGUAGUUUUAUUAUUUUUUGAGAUUGUCGGUGAUCAGGUUGAACGGAUUACAAAAACCUUAUUUUAGUACAUUAUAGCCCACGUGGUGUGCAGUGACGUGUGUUUUCAUUUCGUGCUUACCACUGAGUAUCUUACAAUUUAUGCAAUGUUUUUAGGAGUGUUUGUUUUGCUAUUGCUUUCACGGCCUUUGUCAAUCUACCUGUUGACAUGUUCAAAACAUGCUUACGGAGCCAUUCUACAACGCAAAACAUUCCUGCCAUCUGAUACUAAAAUCUAGAUUAAUAAAACGGUUCUUUCACA